AUGCGCCAAGAUUCUCUGGUCAACGACGGUCCGGUUAUUGCCGCUGGCGAGAACAAUGGGAGAACCUAUCACUCAUACAAGGAGGGCAAAUACAGCUAUUCCAAUGACGAAAAAGAGAACGAAAGGCUCGAUCUGCAACAUAACCUGAUGCUUCUCACCUUGCACGAGAAGUUAGGUCUAGCCCCGCCUAACAACCAGGAUUACAGGGUCAAGCGUGUGCUCGACGUUGGAACUGGCACCGGACUCUGGGCGAUCGACUUUGCUGACGAGCACCCCGACGCAGAAGUUCUCGGAACAGAUCUCUCUCCAGUUCAGACAACACAUGUUCUACCCAACGCCAAGUUUGAGAUUGACGACGUGGAAGAACCAUGGACGUACAGUCAAUCUUUCGAUUAUAUCCAUCUCUUCGGCGAAUGGACUGAGGAGAACUUCAUGGAGGGUAUCGAGGCUUGGACCCUUGCUCCAUUGACCAGGGCUCUGGAAUGGACGAGAGAGGAAGUCUUGGUCUUCCUGACACAGGUGCGGAAAGAACUGAGGGACAGAAGCAUACGUGCAUACCUUCUCAUCAAGCCGUCAGAUUUCGAUUUCUGCGGCGACACUUCGACUCUUGCAUCCUCAUCAUCAUCGCACUUCUUUCUCUCCAACCUCCCCUCAUUCAUCUCCGAGUCUUCACCCCCCGCCACCAUGACUUCUAAAGGAGUCUCGCUCCUGAAGUUCGUGGGAACUGUUUCCCUCGGUCUUCUGACUGGCCUCUCCUACUCCCUCUCGACUGUGACCGUCCCCUCGAUCCUCUCCCUCCCCUCCGCAUCCGACGCACUCCGAGCCUUCCAGAACCUCUACCCUAGCGCGAAUACCCGUUUGCGCAUUCUCACCGGAGUGUCCACCGCCUCGUUCCUCUUCGCCUUCUUCCUCUCUCCGCGCGCCUUCCGCCACCCCUACCUCGUCUACGCUUCCGUCCUCUGCCUCGCCUCCGGUGCCGCCGAGCAAAUCACACCCUAUGUCCUGAGCUCUCCUGAGUCCUCCUCGGAGGCUAUCGCCGCUCGUCGUCAGGCCCGCCGUGAACGCGAGGACGCCCGCAAAGCCGCUCGCAUCGCCCGCCAGGAGGCCCGCAUGGAGGCUAGCUACGAGGUUCUCGGCGACACCCACAGCGACGCUGCGAGCGACGGCGAAGCCGCCGCCGCCGCCGCUUUUGCCGAGGAGGAGGAGAACUUCAACGGCGAGGAGAUCCGCGUCGUGGUUGAUGGCUUCAGGAAGACCCAGAUUGUGCAGACGGCCAUCGCCUCGGUCGGUUUCCUGAUGUCCGUCAUCGGCAUCUGGGGCGACGGCGCCAUCCAGGUCUUCCAGACCGAGACCGUUAUUGUCGGUGUAUAA